CAUCACUGCCGUGUGCCCAUCUUUCAAAAUUCAACGUGACUGAGGCUUUGCAACCCUCAUGGAUCCAAAGUGCUCGCAGUGUUUUAGCCACGAGUAUCCUCGAUUCCCGUUGGAUAUGAGCCCGUACUUCAUCUCGCAGUGACUUCCCAAGUUGAACGGUCUAUUAAUGUAAUCGUGUAAGAACACGACUGCAUCUGUAGCCCAUUAGCUAGGCAGGUUAUCAUGCUUCUCACUGUGACCAGUCGCAACGUACUACUUCCUGAUUUUGAUCUGCCACGACCUGCGACGAUCAAUGUUGACCUCAGGACUGGCAAAAUAAUCGAAGUCCGCUUGGAGUACAUUGGCGAUGAAGCGUGUAAGAAAAGCGGAGAUCUACAUUUCGUUGAUGCUGGGGACAAAGUUGUUCUUCCUGGGCUGGUCGAUGCCCAUGUUCAUCUGGAGGAACCCGGAAACCAGGACUGGGAAGGCUUUUGGACCGGCACACAAGCCGCAGCUGCUGGGGGCGUCACCGCUCUAAUUGAUAUGCCAGUCGAUUCAAGUCCGCCCACCACUACACCAAGGAACCUUGAUAUCAAACGUCGCUCUGCUCGUGGACAGUGUUGGGUAGAUGUUGGAUUUUGGGGAGGAGCGAUUCCUCAGAAUCAGGACGAAUUAGGACCCCUCUUAUCCGCCGGCGUCAGAGGCUUCAAGUGCUUUUUGAUCGAUACAGGCAUCGAGGAAUUCCCUUGCGUUUCUGAGAGUGACCUUCAUACGCACAUGUCCCAUCUCGAAAACUCUGUCAUGAUCUUUCAUGCUGAAAUGCAGACCGCCUCUUCACCAGCUCGACACCGGCCUGAUCCAAGGUCAUACCAGGAAUUCCUCUCUUCACGUCCUGAGGAGCUUGAGGUGGACGCCAUCACUCUCAUCACUCGCCUCCAAGCAAUGUACCCCUCGGUUUCUUGUCACAUCGCCCAUCUAUCGGCUGCAGCCGCCUUACCCAUCAUCCGUGCUGCCAAGGACUGCGGAUCAAAGCUUUCCGUUGAAACUUGUUUUCACUAUCUAUGUUUAUCAGCAGAGGACAUCCCCGAUGGCGCAACCGAGUACAAAUGCACUCCUCCGAUUCGCGAGGACUUUAACAGAAAUCUCCUCUGGGGCGCUCUCGUGGAUGGUACCAUUGAUUGUGUAAUCUCCGAUCACAGUCCUUGUCUCAUUGAGAUGAAGGGGCUUGAACACGGCGAUUUCAUGAAAGCCUGGGGUGGUGUCAGUUCCCUAGGCCUUGGAUUAAGCCUUCUAUGGACGGAAGGAAGGAAGAGAGGCAUCUCGCUUGGGCAGAUCAUACGUUGGAUGAGCAUUAAAAAUGCUGAAUUAGCGGGACUGUCUAGUACAAAGGGCCAGCUGAAAGUGGGACAUGAUGGUGAUUUAGUGAUCUGGGAUCCGGAACCAGAGUUCAAGGUCUCGAAAGAACAUUUGUACUUCAAGAACAAGUUGAGCCCAUAUGAAGGCAUGACUCUGAGGGGCCUCGUACACAAAACAUUCGUUCGUGGUAGAUUGGCUUACGAUUCGGCACUUCAAGAUGGUUUUACAGGUCUUCAACCUUCCGGAGAGCUGCUAUAGGUACUUACGCGACAAUUCUUACUUGUGUGCAGUGUGUUGUGAACUGGGCGGAGCUUUGCAGUCUCGAAUUUGCGACGACUUGUGUUAGUUUGGUGAUUGUCGAAAGUCCUUGAAAUCACACUAUCUGAGUACAAGCAGUGGCG